AUGGCUGAAGGAGUCCAGCAGCGGCUGGCCUGGACCUUGGAGUUUAUGAGCAAGGAGCAGCUGAGGGAGUUCCUGCUGAGGCUGCCUGAUAAGGACCUCUGCCAGCACUCUCCUGGGGCGACCCCAGCUCAACCAGAGGAGGUGGGUGGCAUGGAGGUGGCCUCAUGCCUUGUGGCUCAAUACGGGGAGCAGCAGGCCUGGGACCUGGCCCAGCAGACCUGGGAGCAGAUGGGCCUGAGCGAGCUGUGUACCACAGCCAGGAAAGAGGCAGCUUUACAGUCAGGAAUCAAAGAAAAAUACCAGAACCAAAGGCAAGAGAGUUCCUGCCCCACACAGUCAUGGAGAAAUGAGUAUUUGCACCAAAAAUUCACACAACUGCUACUUCUACACAGAUCUCAACCCAGAGGCUAUGACUUCCUGCUCAGGAGAAGAUGGAGUCAUGAGGUGGUAGGUGAACAAAGACAUUUGAUGGAGAUCAGAGACUUAUUUGGCCCAGGCCUGAGUACCCAGAAGGAGCCUCCCACUGUCGUGGUGCAUGGAGUUGCUGGAAUCGGGAAGUCAACCCUGGCCAGGCAGGUGAGGAGAGCCUGGGAGGAAGGCAGGCUGUUCAAAGACCUCUUCAAGCAUGUCUUCUACUUCAACUGCAGAGACUUGGUCCAGUCAGAGACCAUGAGUCUCGCUGAGCUCAUCACAAAAGACUGGGCUGCUCCUGAUGCUCCCAUUGAGCAGAUUCUGUUUCAGCCAGAGCAGCUGCUCUUCAUUCUUGAUAACUUAGAUGAACCAAAAUGGGACUUGAAGGGGCAGAGUUCUGAGCUCUGUCCACACUGGAGCCAGCAGCAGCAGGUGCACACACUGCUGGGCAGUUUGCUGAACAAAACCUUACUUCCCACGGCUUCCCUGCUGAUCACAGCUCGGAUCACAGCUCUGAGAAAACUCAUUCCUUCUUUAAAGCAUCCUCGCUGGGUGGAGGUCCUGGGAUUCUCUGAGUCGGCCAGGAAGGAGUAUUUCUUCCAAUAUUUCACAGAUGAGAGCCAAGCAAUUAGAGCCUUUAUCUCAGUUGAAUACAACCCAGCUCUCUUCACCAUGUGUCUCAUGCCCUUGGUGUCCUGGCUGGUCUGCACUUGCCUGAAGCAGCAGAUGGAGCAGGAGCAACCACUCUCACUGACCUCCCAGACGACCACAGCCCUCUGUCUGCACUACUUUUUCCAUGUUCUCCAGGCUCAGUCCCUCGGGACUAAGUUUAGAGGCUUCUGCUCUCUGGCUGCUGAAGGCACCUGUCAAGGAAAGACUCUGUUCAGCCCAGAGGACUUUAGAAAACACGGGUUAGAUGGGGCCAACAUCUCCACUCUCUUAAACAUGGGUGUUCUUCGAGAGCACCCCACCGCUCAGAGCUACAGCUUCAUUCACCGGUGCUUCCAGGAAUUCUUUGCAGCAAUGUCCUAUGCUUUAGGCGAUGGAGAGUUGAAAAGUAGUCGCUUUAAAAACAUCAAAAUUAUAACAGACUUGACAGAUGUAUAUGACAGGCAUGACCUGUUUGGGGAACCAACCACAUGUUUCCUAUUUGGCCUUUUGAGUGAUCAGGGGAUGAGAGAGAUGAAGAGCAUCUUCAAAUGCAGCCUGUCUCGGGAGAAGCAUCGCUCUCUGCUGCUCUUGGCCAAGAGGGAGGUCCUUUUGAAGCGUCUGAAGCUAGACUUAUAUUCUUGGCAUUUGCUGCACUGUUUUUAUGAGAUUCAGGAUAAAAACUUUAUGAAAAAUAUUUUCACUUGCGAUGAAAUGAGGAUAUGUGUCCAAACUGACAUGGAGCUCCUGCUGUUCACUUUCUUCUUUAAAUUCUGCCACCGCAUUGAAAGGCUUCAACUGAAUGAGGGUGGACAGCACAGACAAGCAGGAAGGACUUCCGGUGCAUUUCUGUACAGCUGGGACCCAUUUACAGAUUUUUGGUGGCCAAUGUUCUUCUCUAUUCUCAAAGUCUGUGAAAGACUGCUGGAGCUGGACCUGAGUGGGAACUCUCUGAGCUGCUCUGCAAUACAGAGUCUUUGUGACGCCCUGAAAAGCCCUCGCUGCCACCUGGAGACCUUGAGGCUGGUCAGGUGUGGCCUCACGAACAACUGCUGCAAGGACCUGGCCACUAUGCUGGAUGCCAGCCCCAGUCUGAUAGAGUUGGACCUGGGACAGAACAUCUUGGGCGACAUCGGUGUGAGGCUGCUCUGUGAAGGGCUCAGGCAGCCUGCCUGCCAACUCCAGUACCUGAGGCUGGUCAGCUGUGGCCUCACGAACAACUGCUGCCAGGAUCUGGCCUCCAUGCUGGGUGCCAGCCCCAGCCUGAUACAUUUGAACCUGGAACUCAACGACCUGGGCGACAUCGGUGUGAGGCUGCUCUGUGAAGGGCUCAGGCAGCCUGCCUGCCAACUCCAGUACCUGUGGCUGGACCAAACUCGGCUGAGUGAGGAGGUGAAAGAGAUGCUGAGGCUCCUGCAGAAGGAGAAGCCUCAGCUGCUCAUCAUCAGCAGUUGCCUCACUCCAUACCUGCUGAAUCAGAAUCUGUGUUUUGACAAGGCCUCUGAGAAGCACUGGAUCAGAAAUGAGAACGCCCAUCAAGUAUUACAGGAACCCUACCCUGUGUCAUCUGGUGAACCUCUAAGGCACCAACAAUUGAGCUUUAUAAUAAUAGAUGACUCCUCGGACCUCCCAGAGCCUGUGGCUACAGAGAUGGUUGACGAACACAGGAGUCUGUCCUGAGUUCACUUCCCUGUGGCUGGUUCCUACCACUGUCCCAACAUGGGUCUCUACUUUGUGGUGAGAGGGCCAGUGACCAUUGAGAUUGAAUUCUGUGCUUGGGACCAGUUCCUGGACCAGAUUGUCCCACAGCACAGCUGGAUGGUUGCAGGGCCUCUGUUUGACAUCAAGGCUGAACCAGGAGCUGUGGCAGCUGUGUACCUCCCUCACUUUAUAGCCUUCCAAGGGCAACAUGUGGACAUAUCCUGGUUCCAAGUGGCCCACAUUAAAGAGGAUGGGAUACUCAUGGAGAAGCCAGCCAGUGUGGAGCCACAGUACAUAGUCCUGGAGAACCCUAGCUUCUCCCCCAUGGGCGUUCUACUGAGAAUGAUCCACACAGCCCUGAGCAUUCCAGUCAUCUCCAACGUGUUGCUCUACUAUCGCCUCCAAUCCAAGGAAGUCAACUUCCACCUCUACCUAAUCCCCAGCGACUGCACCAUUCAAAAGGCCAUAGAUGAUGAAGAAAAGAAGUUCCAGUUUUUUCAAAUACGCAAGCCGCCUCCGCUGACACCACUCAACGUGGGUUUCCGAUAUACUGUGUCUGGUUCAGACAAGUUGAAAAUAAUCCCUGAGGAACUGGAGCUCUGCUAUCGAAGCCCUGGGAAACCCCAGCUCUUCUCUGAGUUCUACGUUGGUCAUCUGGGGUCGGGGAUCUGGCUGCAGAUUAAAAGCAAAGAUGAUGCGACUGUGGUAUGGGAGGCCUUGGUGAAACCAGAUGCCCCUACUUUGCUGCACUUUGUGGACAAGCAUCGGGAGGACCUGGUGGCUCGAGUGACAUUGGUGGAUGCAGUUCUAGACAAGCUGCAUAGACAGGUGCUGAGCGAGGAGCAGUAUGAGAGGGUGCGGGCUGAGCGCACCAAUCCGGACAAGAUGAGGAUGCUGUUCAGCUUCACCAAGUCCUGGGACAGGGCCUGCAAAGACCAACUCUACCGAGCGCUGAAGGAGAUCCAUCCUCACCUAAUUAUUGAUCUCUGGGAGAAGUGA